AUGGCGAGUUCAAGUCCAAAUGAAGCUAAAAAUGCUUCUAGUAAUGGUGGACAAUCGCAGCAAGGAAUCUCGCCUAACUCUGCGUCUUUAACCAUUUCGACUCAAAACCUUCCUCUUUCUCAAGAUAAUGGACAACCACAACAGCAACAUCCACUUUCACCAUUACCUCAAGGUCAGCAAUCGCAACCAGUUACUGGAGAUAGUGUAUUGCAUACUACUUCUGGUUUAAAGGGAAGAGGAAUUUUUGGUCGUUUCAACAAAAGCAAUAACAGUAAAACUACUGGUUCUCCACAAGAAUUUAUGGAGGAAGACUCGGAAGAUAGUGAGGAAUAUAACAUCUCGAUAAGUAAUGAAGGGCUUAGCGUGGACCAGUAUAACGUUAAGCUUGUUCAUGAACUCAUUCGAUUUCAGGAUUUGAUAAAAGCAGAUCGCCAGAGAAUAUCAUCCUUAAAAAAAAAGAAUAAGGAAUUAUUAAAAGAACAAGAGGAAAUGGCUGGUCGCUUUGAACAAGAACGACGUUCAAUGCAAAGACUACGGGAUCAAAAAGAUCUUGAAAUGCGUGAUCUGGAAAGAGAGGUGAGACGAUUGAAAGAAGAGUCCUCACAAUAUCAAUCAGCUCUCGGGUCAGCUACGAAUGUUCGCUGGGGUGAUGACGAUGCAAAUAAUUCUGUUCAACUUAAAAGAUCUAUCGAAGAUCUACAACAAAGGCUCGCUAAUUUUACCACAUUAAAAGGAAAAAAAUAUGGAAUAAAGAUUAAUGAAACGGAAGGAGCAAAUCUUUUAGCGUAUUACAAAUGUCGUACUGCCAUAAAUAGUAAAAACGCCAAAAAGACUUUAAGUGCCGCGUUACAACGUCAUGAUCUUGAAAAAGAUAUUAUAUAUUAUAAUGCUCAUAUAUGCCAGUUAAUUGAAAAAUUCCGUAAUAAUCGUCAAGGAACUGAUGACCUUACUCGAAUUACGCCAAUAAAAAUUCGGCAGCAGAUUUAUGCAAUUUUGGGAAUACGCGUUUUCAUCAAAAAUAACGAAGCAAUCUCUUCGACAAUUAAGAAAUGUAUGAACAUGAUGGUGACGCAUCGAGAAAUCAAAUAUGAUGCAAAAAUGCACCAACAGUAUCGUGAGGAAACGAUGGCGAUGGUCAUAGAGGUGGUCCAUCUCUAUUUACGUUUAAAUGCACAAGAACCAGUUCCAAAUUUUCGACAUUUUUUCUCUAGUGGAGAAGAAAUUCGUGCGUCUCUAAUGAGUGGGCCAGAGAUUGCUGACGAUAGCUCCGGUGAAUUAGAGGUAGAAAUCUGCUCAUUUCCAUUAAUCUCUACUCAAGGGAACAAAGUGUUGUGUAAGGCUCAAGUAGAGACAAGACCUGUACAUCCUAAUACUUCAUUUAAAUGGAAAAAAUAG